UCCUCUCUAGAGCACACUUUCACUUCCUGUUGCUCCGGGCCUCCCCUUGGGAACAGGCCAGACCAUGGCUCACAGGGUUUCAGCAUCCUGAAGAUGGCCUGGCCAGAGGACAUGGCCUCCACAGUCCCCAGCAAGGGGCAGAGGCUGGUCCUACCACAGACUAAUGGAGCAGGUGAGAUCCCUCCAGGGGUCCUCAGCACCCCAGAGCCACUUCUUCGUCUUCAGAGGACACGGGGGGUAUGGCAGGUUCCAGAGCUGGAUGCCCCGGAUGCAGAGGCUCUUAUGGCACCGUGGCCACUGGGGAGUUUCCUGGUCAUAGGCUCUGAGACCAGCCAGGCCCUGGUACUGAGGACUUCACCUGGAGAGACCAAUAUGUAUCAAAUCCAGAAGUUUCCUGGAGGUGUGUCCUUGGAAUCCUCCAAUCUCUUCAUGCCAGACCUGCCUCAUCUUCUGGCCUUCCUAUCAGCCAGCAGGGAUGUGCUGCCCAGAACACUGCUCUUGCCCCCUCCCACACUAGUGCCUGGAGACACAGGCACAGAUCCUCUGCAGGUGGGCAGGGCCCAAGCUGAUACCUCAGGGAGAGUGUUCUCUGUGGUGAACCAGCUCUACCUGGACACCCACGGGGGCUGGGAGCUGGAGCAGACCCCCGAGGAGACUGCCCAGGACCACGGUCCAGCCCGCAGAAACCCCGCCCCGCACCGGGUCUCCUGGGUGGAAGACCCGCCCAGCCUGCAAGUACACCAGCCUCAGCCGGCUUUGGCCAGUCUGGUGGAAGAGAAGCAGCAGCAGCAGGAGGACAACGACAACUACAGAGAUGAAGAGGAAGACGCCGAGGAUGAGCUGACUGCUCACAUCCGUGCCCUGGCCAGGGCGCGGAGCAGCUACGUGGCCAGGCAGUCUCGGGUCCUCCAGGCACGUCUCGCCUCAGAUUCCAGGGGUCCCAACAGGCCUGGAGACCCGGCCACGGAGCUGCUGCAGGAUGUGCGGCACCUCCUUACAGACCUCCAGGAUUACUUGGCAAAGGACCUCGACGUGAGAGCUGUCUUUGGGAGCAGGGGGCCUGGGGCCGUCCAGAAAGACAAGGAUCUUGGCCCUGCGGUGGAGGCGGCGGUGUGCCGCGUGGUAUUCGCACCCCUCAAGCCUGCCCUGUGGACACGACUGCGCACGCUACGUGCCCAGGAACUGCGCCGACUGCGGCGGCGACAAAUAGCCCUGCGGGCGGGGGCGGGGCCUGAGGGGCAGAGCCCCGCCCCCGCCCUGCGGAGCCGCAUCCACGCGCGCCUCGCGCACCUUCACGCCGCGUGCUCGCCGCGCCGCAAAGUGGCGCUGCUGCUGGCGGUGUGCAGUGACGUCUACGCGGGCCUGGCCCGAGGCGAGAACCAGGAGCCCAUAGGGGCCGACGCCUUCCUGCCCGCGCUGACCGAGGAGCUGAUCUGGAGUCCACACAUCGGUGAGACGCAGCUGGACGUGGAGUUUCUAAUGGAGCUCUUGGAUCCGGAGGAACUUCAGGGAGAGGCCGGGUACUACCUGACCACUUGGUUUGGGGCGCUGCACCACAUUGCCCACUACCAGCCCGACUCGGGCCGCGCGCCCCACGGGCUCAGCUCGGAGGCCAGCGCCUCUCUGCGCCAGUGGCACCGCCGGCGGACAAUGCACGGAGAGAACCAGCCUGGAGCCCAGGUGACCGCCCAUCUAGGAUGCAGGUGGCAGGGAGGGUGGGACCCGUCACCCUCUGACCCAGCCUUCCACCUCGUUCCACAGGCCCAACUGCCGUUUGAGGAGCCAUGGAGAGUAGGGACCAUGACCGAGCCCCUUUGAUGAUUAGGGGUCUCAGUCCCUUUGUUACUCAAGCAAGAAGGGGGAGGCAGCUGCGACAGCAAUAUGUAAUUUAGGGGCAGCAAGGAGGAGGGGGCCCAAGAAAAGGUGCCUCUGCCCUGCCUGUCUGCUGCCUGGCAUGUGCUUCCCUAAUACACGGCGCCUUAUCGACCUGUCAGGACCUGGUGCAGAUGUGACUUCAGUGACCUUCUCCCAGCCACCCCUGUCUAAAAUGCAGCCACUCCCACCUGGCCAUCCCUGUAGUAGGAGAAUCAUGUGCCCCCAAAGAUAUCCAUAGCAUCAUCCCCAAAAUCUGUGGUGAAGAGGGCUUUAAAGGGGCUUUGACAUUAAGGACAAACGUAAGAUUACCCUAGAUUCUGGUGGCCCUGUGCAGUCACAGAGGUCCUUAUAAGAGGCAGGGCUGGAGAAAUAAGAUUGAUAUGUCCAGGGACUGGGGAUUUAGCUCAGCGGCAUAAGCCCCUGCCUUACAAGCAGGCAGUCGUGAGUUGGAUCCCCGGUACCGAUAAAAAGGAAAAAGACAAAAAAAAAAAAAAAAAAAAAAAAUGAUAUGGCCAAGAACCCAGGAAAAAAAUGCCGAUAUUCUAGAAGCUGAAAAAGGCAAGAAAUGGAUUCCCCAGAAAUCUGCAGAAUGAAACAUGUACUUUUGAUUUUAGACAUCUAACACCCAUUUUGGACUUCUGACCUCCAAAGCUAUAAGGUAAUAAAACUGGUUCUUAAACCACUAA